AUGACUCCUGAUGGGGCUUACAUCGCCGAUGACGAUAUUCAUACAGCAAGGCUUAUACUCUAUGAUAUACACAAAGAAAAGGGCGUGGAUUUGGACGUUAAACGAAACACGUCUGUAUUGCAUUCUUAA